CUGUGGUGACCUUGGUUGGUUCAUCAUCAUGGCGGCUAUUGUCAGGUUGAGUUCUGUGUGUCGCAGAGGAGUCAAACCUCUGUUCUACCAAGGCACUCUGUUGGCCAGGCCGCUGGUUGUACCACACAACUACCAGGAGCAGCCCCACCAGCUGACAGCAAGGAUCCAUGCGUCUCAGGCUCUGAACGCGGGCUCUGGCUCCAAAGCCGCCUCUCUGCACUGGACAGGAGAGCGAGUGGUGAGCAUCCUGCUGCUGGCCCUGGGACCCGCAGCCUAUUUCAGCCCCUGUCCUGUCGUCGACUACUCCCUGGCUGCUGCCCUGACCCUGCAUGGACACUGGGGUAUCGGGCAGAUAUUAACAGACUACGUUCAUGGGGACGCAAAGAUAAAGAUGACCAACGCCGGCCUCUUCGUCCUGUCCACGGUCACCUUCGCCGGUCUCUGCUACUUCAACUACAACGACGUGGGCCUCUGCAAAGCCAUCGCCCUGCUCUGGAGCAAAUGAGUUGACUGUGGAAGCUUGGAGGACCGAGACACCGGGAGAAGAGAAAUCUUGUCCUGGCUGAUUGUAAAAAAUUCAAGGUGUUCUAUGUAAAUUCUUAUAAAUAUAUCAUGUUGACAAUAUAACAGAGAUUCACAGGUGUGUAACUGUAAUUAACGUCGAUCAAUUCAGGCUUGGUCUCUGUGUUAAGUUUUCCGUCAACAACUGGCAUCCAUUUUCUUUUUUUUUGUUCAAUGUGGACUUCUAGCAGCGUUCCCCUGUAGAUUUUCAUCAUAAGCAACAACAUGUCCAACUCUACAAAUAGGAGCUACCAGUUUCCUUGCAUGUAAUCGUUAUAUUUACUGGGUACAUGCAUAAACUGCUACAACUUCAAUUAAGUCUUACACAAAAGUGCUCUGUUCGGGUCUUGUAUGUUGCUCAUUUGUUAAAUGUAUUGUUUCAUUCACAAUGUGUACAUACUACCUUUUGCUCAAACUCAUCAGGGAUAGCAUAGCAGAUCCACGCGCCCUCCACACUAACCCCCCCCACGAGAAAGAUCCACCUACUGUUUCUUUUGUUGCUACACUCUUGCAGAUCUCCAGCUGUUUGUUUUUGUUGAGAGCAGACUGCCUUUGCUUUCAUUAGCUAACUGCUGCCCUAUUGAAGGUUCAUUAAAGAUAGGCAAGAACGGAAGUGCAUCCUUAAAUCAAGCCAAUCCUACAUGUGUAUCACCAGCACAAUGGCUUUAAUGUUUUGGCAGCAUACAAAAGUAUAAUUCACACAUGGUUUCUGCAAUGAACAAAAUAACGUAGCAUUACCGCGCCUGUAACUUCAUUUGUUGAGUCGUACUUCAUGUACAUUAUGGAUUACAAACCCCUUCCACUGUAAGUGAGCAAACGACAAAAUAAAAACAUGUCGAACUUCAAAAUAUUUCAUACAAAUGUAUUGAUUGUAUUUAUUUAUUACCUCUUGGGGGGGGAAAAAGAAAAACCUAAUUUCAGUGUUCCUUCAUCAAUGUGAGAAUAUAAAAUAUCAGAUUCAAUAUGGCUGACUAAUCAAACUCCUUGCAUGCAGUUAUUUAUUCCAGCAAUAAUCUUUUGUACUGCUUGUAUGGGUGUCGCCGGUUGUGUUGACUUUAAAACCGGUUUGAACUUCAAUUGGUUGUCUCAAUGCUCACGCAGUAAAUGUUUCUGAGAGCUUACACGUUUUGUCUUGGUCUGUUUGAUUCUUCCAAAUUGUCCAUUUGUCAUUUCUGUUCAGUUUUUGUUCAACUUUUCAGAUUAUACGCACAAAAUGCGAUGUGGCAAGAAAAAUGCACUGUUCCUGCCUCAGCACAAUAAAGUUUGCUUUACAGAUGUU